UAUGGCUGAGUAAUGCUCACGUGGAAAAAAACGCUUCACCGACUAGUCAAAAGAACACUAAACUGGACAACGCCGAAAUUGAAAGCACUGAUAAAAAGAACAUAUUAGGUUCGUUCGGUUCACAUUACAGUUUUAUUUGUAUGUAAAUGUGUGAGAUUUAUGUAAAGUGUGUGUCACGUGACUCGCGCUCAUGCUGCGCGCACUGAGGGAAGAGGAUCAGUUUUACAGGCGCUCUGACAUCUUUCACUGAAUUUAUCAUGCUAUCCCGGGACGAAAUACUCAAACCCAUCUGGUACGCCUUUACUGCUCUGGAUGUAGACCGAAACGGGAAAGUAUCCAAAUCCCAGUUAAAGGUGCUGUCUCACAACCUGUGCACCAUCCUGAAAAUCCCUCAUAACACUUCAGCCCUGGAGGAGCACUUUAAAGAUGACGACGAAGGUCCAGUGUCAACACAAGGAUACAUGCCCUACCUGAACAUGUUCAUACUUGAUAAGAUCCAGGCCAACUUUGACUUCAACGAGCUGAAUAAGAUGUGCUGGACUUUAUCUGCACCAAAGCACAUCAGUAGCAAACAUCUGCUCAUCUCAGAGGCUGACACCUUCAAGGUCUGGUGCAUCUUCAACUUUCUGUCUGAAGAUAAAUAUCCACUGCACAUUGUCACAGAAGAGCUCGAGUAUUUCCUGCGCAGGCUGUUUGCAGCAAUGGGUUGCAGUUGGAACGAGGACAGGUUUGAAGGCUACAAAAUGCAGCUCGGUGCAAAGAAAAAACAUCUGAAUGCUUGGGAACUGAUUGAGCUUAUUGGCAUGGGCCAUUUCACCAAGGGCAUAAACCCUCAGACUCUCUCCAUGGGCAUCAAUGAGGUCUAUCAGGAACUUGUAAUGGAUGUUGUUAAGCAGGGCUAUAUGAUGAAAAAAGGCCAUAAGAGAAAGAACUGGACAGAGCGAUGGUUUGAGCUCCAUCUCAAUUACAUGUCCUAUUAUGUGAGUGAAGACCUCAUAGAGCAGAAGGGAUGUAUUUCACUUGAUCGCAACUGCUGUGUUGAGUCCUUACCAGACAAGGAUGGAAAGAAAAACCUCUUUAUUAUAAAAUGUGUUGAGAAAAGUUUUGAGAUCAAUGCAUCGGAUAAAAAGGCAAAACAAGAGUGGAUUCAAGCCAUCCAGGACUGCAUUGUCCACAUAAGGCAAGGCCUUUCCUCCCCACACCGAGAAUCCAGACAGAAACGCAGGGAGCUGAGAAACAGGAUGAAAGCUGAACAGGAGAUGAUGGAGAACAGAAUGAGACAGCUGCAGUUGGCCAACGAGAGCAAGCAGGCCCAGCUGGAGGCCAUGACCAAGAACCUGCAGGAAGCAUCAAUGAGGGGUGAUUUGGAGGAACAGAGAAGAGUUCUGACCCAAAAAGAACUACUGGAUCAAUACAGACGAGACCUGGAGCAAGAGAAAAUGGCUCGAAUGCAGAUGGAAGAGCAGGUGGUUGAAAAGGCCAAUGAAGUGGAGCAGUACUGGCAGCGUAUGCAGGAGCUGGAAGACAUGUACCGUCAACUGAAAAAGGCACUAGACGACGAGAGGCAGGCCAAAGAGGAUGAAGAAGCCCUGCGCAAACUGCAGGCCAGGCUGCUACAAGAGGAGGCAAACAAGAGGCUUGAAUUGGAGCAAAUUCAUCAUCAGCAGCAAGAAAUCUUAUCCCAGUCUCAGAAAGAGAAAGAAGAGCUGGAAAGGGAGCGGGCAGAGAAGGAAAGUGCCCUGCAGGCUGCACAGGAGCAGCUGCAGAGCCUUAGAAGACAGAGAGAGGGGGCACAAGAGGAAUACAUGGUCGUUACAAAGAAACUGGAACGGGCAGCUAACAAAACAAAGAAUUGGAAGCACAAAGUCUCCAAACAUGAGGGCCUACUUCAAAUCAUUCAACCAGGCAACAAGUCUCCCACUAAAAUGACCAACUGGGGACAGGCAGCGUUCACUGAAACAGAGCUGAAUGAGAUGGAGAGGAUUUGGCAGGAGAACAAGACUAGAUCAUAUGAUGGACAAUAACAUCUAAAACAUCCAUUUCUUUUAUUUGUGUGUAUUUAUUUUGUGUUUGCCAGGUCAUCCUCUUGACUCUUGUUAAUGGUUAAAUCUGUUGUUACUAAAAUGUGUUUUUAUUCAACCAUUUAUUAAUCGUGUGCUCUUAUAAUGGAACAUUAGCAGAUAAAUGAUGUGCAGUCGAUGGUGUUGAUUUUGUUUACGAGUUAUCAAAUUAAUGUAAAAUGUGACAUCCAUAACUUUUUAUACUUUGUUGUAUACAUUGUUGUUGUUUUUUAAACACACUUAGAAAAUGUAAAAUUAUUAUCAUUCAAUUUUAGUAAUUUCACACAUUUUUUUAAUGUGAAAAUAGCUGUUCAGAGGCAGUUUGGCGGUGCUAGGGCUAUCAAAGCACCAGAUUCCUACAGUAUCCACUAGAUGCCCUUGUUGAUACAUAGAUAAACCCAUAAGACCAAUACAGUUUCUGUAGACUAGAGUCACCAACUGACAAAAGAUGCAUAACUGUAAUACUGUGUUACUCUUAGCAGUGCACGCAUAAUCCAUUUAGCUCGAAAUUUGCUUUUUAA